GUUCCGGGUGUGUCAUGUGGCUUCUGCCGCAUGUAAAUAUUUACAAGGACUCGGCUGAUUACAAACAUCUCGUGUCUCCGUUUCUGUGUUAACGUUGUUAAUUUGGCGCGGAGAGAAAAGACAAAGGAUGGAAAUUGAAAGUGCUCGGCCGUAUUUCUUUGGAGACAUCGGCUGCUGGUCAGAGAGAACAGACAUGCACAAGGCAGCGUCCCUCGGCCAGGCCGCCCAGCUGCAGCACCUCAUCCAAAGCGGAGCCUCAGUCAACGUUGUGGCGGUGGACUCCAUCACGCCGCUGCACGAGGCCUGCAUCCGUGGACAGACCCAGUGUGUACGGCUGUUGCUGGAUGCUGGAGCCCAGGUGGACGCGAGGAAUGUAGACGGGAGUACUCCGCUGUGUGAUGCCUGUUCAGCUGGAAGUUUGGAGUGUGUGAGGCUCUUGCUGGAGCAUGGUGCCAAAGUCAACCCUACCCUCACCUCCCGCACAGCCUCACCUCUCCAUGAGGCCUGCAUGGGAGGAAACUCAGAAUGUGUGAAGCUCCUGAUUAACAUGGGGGCCUGUCUGGAGUCAUAUGACCUUUACUACGGGACCCCGCUGCACAUGGCUUGUGCUAACAAACACACUGACUGUGUUAAAGUGCUACUCAAUGCAGGUGCUAAAGUGAAUGCUGCCAGGCUACAUGAGACUCCGCUGCACCACGCUGCUCAAAACAUGCGAGUUGAAAUGAUAGAGAUACUGGUGGAGUUUGGGGCCAACAUCUACGCCAGAGAUCAGCACAACAGGAAACCUGUUGAUUACACCACGCCAGGUUCUCCCUCUGCCUCCUGCCUACAGUUUUAUGAGACCACUCCUAUGAGUCUCCAGCAGCUCAGCAGGUUGGCAGUGAGGAAGAGGCUGGGCACCAGAGCUCUGGAGGUCAUAGUUCAACUGAACAUACCAAAGCUCAUCAUAAGCUACCUCUGCUAUCAGUGAGUGUCGUCUGGAGGAAAGACUGAAGACUCACAGAGCUGCCGCACAAGUCAGCAAAGCUGCCACCCCAUUAGAUAUAAUAAUAGUAGACAUACACUUUAGUGACAAGCACAGUGUUCUCCCAUGCACCUCAAGUAAGCAAUUUUCAUUACUACAACUGGAAUGCCUGUCAGUCUGUGGAAUAUAUGCACCAUAUGCCAGGAUCAGACUAUAGGAUAUCAGUUCAGUUAUGUGCUGAAAAUAUUAAUAAUAAUAAUAAUAAUAAUAAUAAUGGCCUGACCAGCCAGACUUGGGGCAUCUGGGAACAGAAAUGAGCUCGUUUCAUUCAUGCCAGCUUCUGUCGUAAGGAUUAUAUUGUUGGGGAAGUCGGCCCUUGGCAUAUCCUUCCGGAUCAAGUGGAGAAAGACAGUAAGCUAUCAUUGGUGGGGACAGACGUGUCGCCUAAUCUGACACAGUGACCUUUUUGCAAGGCAAUAAUAUCAGUGCAGACUCGUCCCGGCAUUACAGUGAGAAGAUAAUCUUCACUGUGCGAAGAUUAUUUUAUAGUGAGGGUUAGUUGUUGCCAAGUAUGCAGUCUUAACUAUAAACUGCAGCUAUAAAAGUCUUAAAUAGCAUUUAAUGUUAGACAUUUAAAUAAAUAGAAGUGUAACAUGCACUGCAAGAGAAGAGAGUGCUUUUAAUAUUAGAGAUCAUUUUAGAUGGGUAAUUUAUUUGAAGUAAGUGUCAGAGCUCAGGUAGAGGAAGAAGACAGAUGGCAUAGAUGUUGGCAACAGAGGCAACAUCAUAAGUGUUUUUUUGACUGAAUCCUGGAUUUGCUGGGAAAAUGCAUGCAAAUCUUUAAACUCGCAGGUGUACUGCAAACUGUUGCUGUGUAACAUUGCGUGCAUGCUCAGUCAACGUUCUCUGGAAAGGUUUUUUUAGAAUCAAAAAAACAUCCAGAGGAAUGCCAAGCAGUCUUGCUGUCACAGCGGCACUCAGUGUGACAUUGACCAGGUGCUGCUUCACCUUCAUCUCAGAUUCCUGUGAUUCACACCCCGCGCCUGGCAACAGCCUUUGUUUGAUACAGACACUGAAGUCUCGAGGAAGCAGUGAUCCUGGCUGCCUAUUUAUAGCUUUGUGUCUGUUGCUCCAUUAAAUGUGCUUAUAGAGGACCCAGAGAGUUCAGUGCGGCCUUUUAUCAGUAUUUUUAGAAGGAGGUGCAGGAAGUUUGUAAUGUCUUCCAUCAAGUGUUUUAGUUUGCUUUAUUGGCUCUCUUCUAAAUUGACCUUACCUAUUUUGGAAGUUUUAUAACUAAUAUUUAUCCGUGCAGGUUGAAUCAGGCCUGGAAGAUAAGUUGGAGACAUGUGUAGCACAUUACAAGAUGACAUUUGUUUGUGGGUACACAAUGCUAGUUCAAAAGUCAUGUAUGUUUUAGUCCAUGUGUGAUCUCUGUUUCACCUCAGGCCAAGACAUAAAUCAAAUUGUUUGGCGCACACUGUCUUUAACAGUGAACUUUGUUUAAGUAAUUCUGGAGACCAGGCCACCAUUUUAUAUGAAAAAUAAUAAACAUCUCAUCAGCCUAAAUCACAAAGUGGGCUUGCAGCAGAAGCUACAGUAAUUGCAAACCACUGUUUGCACAAAUUACGUUUUGUUGGCAGGUAUGGACACCUCUUCACCCAAAAGAAGUAAACAAUUCAAACUUAAAGGACAAAACCUUUGUUUUUGCCAAUACAUCUCAACCCAAGGGUAGCACACCACUGUUCAUCUGACUUUAAUACAGUCCUUAUCCGAGUCUGAUGACGGACAAAGUACAGCGCUAUGUAACUACAGAACCUUCAUUUAGUCUGUGUUUUAACAUGUUUUACCUCUUGAACUACAUUGAUACUUUUAACAUUAUAAAAAAGUACUAAACAUGCGUUACAUUUUUCAGAGCAUACCAUGUCUCUCUCUCUAGUUCUGCUCACAUUUAUUGCAGCAUGCAGUGGUAAUCAACCUGCAGAGUCUUGUUUGAGGAUUAUUCUGCUUCUCCAGAGUUUCAAGGUUCUGUGAAAGUUAAUUCAAUUCAGUUUUAUUUAUAUAGUGCCGAUUCAUAACACAAGUUACCUUAUUGCACUUUUCAUAUAGAGCAGGUCUAGACCGUACUCUUUGUAGUGUUAUCUACAGAGGCCCAACUAUUCCCAUCAUGAGCAAGCAGUUGGUGACAGUGGAAAGAAAAAAACUCCCUUGUAGGAGGUAAAAACCAUGAGCAGAACCUAGAUUACAAGUUACAUUAUCAUUAGAACCCAACCUAAGAUGGUUAUGAUUUUAGAUAUUUGAGGGAUUAAAAACAUGGAUUAUUAUAUAGCCCCCCACCACCACCACCAUCAAGUUGAAGUUGAAAAUAAACUUCUCAGUGCCCUGUGGUAGACAGACUACAGUAUAUAAUGGAGACACUGUUUCUAAACUACUACAAACAUAUUUUUGGCACUUAGCUUGUUUCCUACUGGCCGACAUACUGUACAUACUGAUAAAAUCUGCCAUGAACUAAUGUCAUCCCAGUCAGGAUCUAGUUGUCUGGCUGAGUUGUUCACACUGUCCAGGUUGGUGCAUUCAUGUACCUUGUUAUUUUCUCCUGUUGCCACUAUACUGAUGCACAAGAAGAUUCUCAGUCAUCCAGGUCAUAGUUAUCCCAGGAAGGUUAAAUCAAAGGCAGCUGGACCUGGUUGAAGAGACAUUUCACACCCAAGCACAAGAAAAGUGAUGAAGUGUAUGCCGUCCAAUGCAGUGAGGAAUGCGCAGACUUGUAUAUUGGGGAAACUAAACAACUGAUGGCCCAACACAGAAGGGCCAACGCCUCAGGUCAAGACUCAGUAGUUUAGUUAUUUUUGAAGGAUAAGGGACAACUAUGUUCAAAUUCUGGAUGGAGAGGACAGAUGGUUUGAAAGAGGACUGAAGGAAGCCAUAUACACCAAAGUGGAGUUCUGCAACACCACUUAUGCCCCACCUACGAUGCUGUCCAUUCAUUCCCGCCCAGGAGUAUUCCCACAUUUGACUGAAGUGCUUUUACAUUUACAGUUCAGCUGCUAACCGCUGAUGUUGAGUUCCCCAAGGUAAUCGAAAGUAUAAUUGGUUGUCGCUCCCACACAUCAGGGGACAUUUGCAUAAAGUUGAACUUUUCUGAACUGCUUAUGGUCUUGAAUCUGCUUGUCGGAUGGUAAAAUAGCUGUUGAAACCCCCCUCCCCCCACACCUUUCCGACCUCGUAUUACAGGGGUUGUGUCCAACCACUUCUGUAACUUUCCAAAACUGACAAUCUGGCAUUAUACCCACAUCACCACCAUGUGUGGAGGUGAGAAAGGGGCCAGGGUUUGAACUUCUUUGUUUUGAACCAGCUCUCUUGUUUCAUUCUUCACACAACUAUCUAACAACUAACAAGAGCAUAACUGAGGCCUUGUUCAAGUUUGUUCCUGGGAAUGGAAGAUUGCUUUACCUCACUACAUAUAGCACUGACUUUCCUGCAUUGCCACUAAACAUUGGCAUGGACAUAAAUCUUGAGGUGCAAAAUUGGCAAGAUUGAUGGAAAUCCUUGGGCUACUGCGGAGGUUUACUAGGGUUCUUAUUCUUGGGGCUAUAACUCCUGCUUGGUAGAGGCACGUCUCGCCUUUAUUGGAUAAUCAGCAGUAUAGAAAUGAGAGAGAGAGAAUUACAUGCAACAAAAGGUCCCCGCAAACCAGGUAGGCUAUGGAAACAGAUUUUCACAGCGAAAUUAAAAUCCAUGGAAAACAUUGUCCCAACAAAUCUUUUGGUGUGUUUUCAAAAUAUUUGGUAGCAGUGUACAGUGUUGUAGUAAAAGGCGGAAAACAUGCAAAAGCACUGGUAUAGUCAUUUAGUCCUAGCCCUUAAUCCGAUUUACAAACAUCUGGAGGUGCCAGCAGGCGCAGUUACCUUAUGCAGCGUUAAAGAGCAAGAGGCCAUCUGUCAGCUGUCGUGGAGGUCUGCACCUGUGUGUUUUACAGUUUGCCUGACAGAUCUUUACAAUGCAUUCAAAAGCAAUAUCUCACGCUUUCAGACCCUGGUCCAAAUCCUUCAACUCACUCCCCUCAUUUGGCUCUCUCGCUAAACGUGCCCGGGCUGCACGAUGCUGGCCUGAAUGUGGAGCAUGUCUGUUGCACUCCAUAAAUGUGCCAAGCUGCUGCCACUUGUUUAAUGAAAAUGUAAAUUCCUAGAAACCAAUCUUCCAUCAUUACAAGAUAUUUUGACAGUGUUUCAAUGCUACAAAAAUGCAGUCUGGUUUAUUAAAAUAUUAGCCUGUAAAUAAGCUUGAAGGACAGAUCUGUCUUUCACAUGGAGUGUUCCUUUUAAGACUUGUUCAAAUAUCUGACCCUGAUACAGAUGGGGUUUCUAUUUAUGGCUUGAAAUAACCACUCCAAAACAUGCUUGGUUUCUAAGCACUUGAAAGUUUGCUGAAGGGACUCAAAAAGCAGAGGAGGAGGGCAGACAUGUAGGGAAUGUCCAGUUAUCUAAGAUGAGAAAUUGCCCUUGCUCCAAAAUAGGAAUGUUGAACUUCAUGUUGAGCGAAUGAAAGCUUGGCUGGUUUGUUUUCAAACUUUCCUCCUGGUUUGUCACAGUAAAUAGCACUGGCACUUCUCUCUUUUUAAGUGUUGUCUUAUUAAAAGUGAAUAAAGUCAGGUUUAAUCUCAUGUUCUGUUCCAGGUGUUAAAAAAAACUCAGGAGUCAUCCCACAAAAAUGUGUCAAAUAUUUAUCUUAUUAAACUGUACAGAAGUGUUACUCACUUACUUAGAAUGUGUUGACUUAUUUAAUAAAUUAUAGUGUUGAUUGUG